CUUUACACCUUGAAGACUUCGAUGCUUCGUUCGCUCACUAUUCUGCGACUACCACUCGUUUGUUUCUUCUCCUUUUGUUUCGGUUAUACCAACUGUCGCUGAAUCCAGGAUUCUCAACUCUUGAUCAUCAUGGCCCAACUUCUUGUCCGCGGAGAACUUCCCUGCUAUGACAAUGUGGCCUAUUAUGUUUGCUCGAAAACCAAUUUCAUGGGAUGCUGCUCGGUUGAUCCAUGUGCUUCUGGAAUCUGCCCUGAUCAUACGAACAUAACGACCUCCAUGACCACAGCGCCGACUAGAGCGACGACCAAGGCGGGCGUAACAGUUACGAAAUCAGCUGCAAAGAUAACGUCCCUUAUAAGCUCCCAGAGUAUCUCUUCAGCUGCUCCUACAUUGUCUUCCACAACGACAGCAGAGAGUAGUUCUGCAGCCGCCAUGGCCUCUCCAACCGAUAAUUCGAGUGGCAGCUCACACCGUGGCGAAGGAGCGUUGAUAGGGGGGCUUGCUACAGGGUUUGUGGCUUUACUGGUGAUAUCAGAUGACAAUGGUACUGAGAGGGUUACUCGGAGAGACAUUGGGCCAAGUGUAUACGGAAAUGAUGAGGGCUUGUUCAAUGCUCCAACUUAUAUCGCCUACCAACCACCACCCCCAUCCACGCGAUCAAGAUCCAGCUCCCCUGCCACGCCCAAGAGAUCAAAACCAAUAAACACAGCAUACAGCCCCUACUCACUAGUAUUGAAUUCAGUCGAUUCCGUCCCCAAAUCAACAGUCCCCCUUAUACCCUCAGUAUCAACUACCUCAUCCGCAGACUCCAUCCAACUCACCACCUCCAUCCCCCCAAAACGCACCUUCACCCCGGAGCUCCCAGAUACAGGCUUCUACCGCCAACGAGCAGAGCUAGCAAGCUAUUCACAAAGCGAACUCAUCAAUAUUCCCCUCGACCAACGUCAACGCAUCAAACCCGUAGAACAGCAUCAAAAAUCAAUCACCACCCCACCUCGCACAACAUCAACCCCACCAAUCGUCACCUCUGACGGGGCCGUGCUGGGAGCGAAUCUUGAUCAGAUCACACCGGCUUAUGACUCGAUAUACCCUGAAAAGGGAGGCGGGGAGACCCUAAGCCACGUUAUGAGUUUCAUGCAUUAUGGGAGUGGUUCUGAGUCUGGUCGAGGGGACUCAAAGGAGUCGCUUGAUGUUAUGAGAGAAGUGCCGAAGCGAAAGUCGAUUAAGCAGAAGGUGAGGUCGAGGUUAAUGUGAAUGUGAAUGUGAGCUGUUCAAUCACCGCUGGACGGUGGCGGUGAGAGUGGACUUGGAAAAUGAUUGAUUCUAAAUAUUUAAAUGAUAAUGGCGAUCGGAGAUAAUGAUUUGGGUUUCUGGGUUUUUGUGGUAUCGUUUUUGGUUAUUGUUAUGUGUACUUCGGUGGGUAUCGUCUGCUCGUUCGCUUCGUUCUUCAUAUAGAUCGAUAGAAGAAAAAAAUCGAUGUAACAGCUUCAAUAAAACCGUCUUCAACAUGACAGAAUCCGUAAAUCAUUCUACAUUAAACUAUCAUGUUCCAUAAAUGUAUAUGCACUAUCUAUUUUGUUUUGAUAUACUUUUUUUACCCGAAAUCCAGCAUAACCCAUUUAAAGCAGACGUACAGCUGAGACAGUUUACAACAGACUCUUGAGGACAGAGGUCUGCUCCAGAACGGCCCGGCGGCUGGUACCACCGACA